AUGGCCAGCCAUCUACGCCAAGUUAAGCAGCAUUUGAAGAUAUUCCUCUCGACCUUGGAAAACGAAGAUGAAGUCAAAAUCGACGGACAGAGUCUAAGUAUUGCCCAACUGGUUUCAGUCGCCAGGUACUCCUCCAGAGUUUCCAUUGAUCAAACCGACGCCCUAUCGAACCGUAUGCAGGCCAGCGCUGAUACUCUUCGGUCUUACAUAGAUAGAGGGGACAAAAUAUAUGGCGUAAAUACUGGCGUCGGCGGAACCUCCUACACUAGGACGAACGAGCUUUCGACGCUCCAAUACUCCAUUCUUCAGCACCAUCAGUGCGGGAUUUUGCUGGAACCCUCCCAAAAUGUCAUUCCGGGGAGAUACUCUGCCGUAGGUCAAUACAAUCUUCCAGAAGAGACCGUUCGGGGUAUGGCCGUCGUGCGCUGCAAUUCCCUUCUUCGAGGGCAUUCCGGCGUCAGGAUGUACAUCGCCAACUUUCUGAUGGAGGCACUCGCACACGGCAUUUUGCCAUUGGUACCCCAACGUGGGAGCAUCUCUGCGUCUGGAGAUCUAACCCCACUCGCUUACCUGGGCGGUUUAAUCGAGGGUAACCCUGAUAUCCUGGUGAAGAUGAAGGACGGGGAGGACUUUCAGGUCAUCACUGCCGAAGAAGCGCUAAGGCGUGUUAAGAUGACUCCAAUCAAGCUGCAGGGAAAAGAAGGAUUAGGGUUGAUGAAUGGUACCGCUCCCAGUAGUAGCGUCGCUGCACUGGUUGUCCAUGAUGGCCAUAUUCUGGCGGUCCUGACGCAGAUUUUGACUGCCAUGAGCACCGAGGCUCUCGAAGGAACGGUGAACAAUUAUCAUAAUUUCAUAUCGACCUGUCGCCCGCAUCCUGGCCAACGCGAGGUAGCACGCAAUAUGCGGGGAUUCCUCUGCGGCUCGAAGCUCUGUUACGGGAUGGAAGGGCUGACCGAGAGCCUGGCACAGGAUCGCUACGAUUUGCGCACCGCACCACAGUGGAUUGGGCCGCAGCUGGAGGACCUACUCGCAGCAGAGAGCCAGGUCAGCAUCGAGCUCAAUUCCACCACGGAUAAUCCCCUCAUUGAUGCACAAGAGAAUGCCUUCCAUCAUGGAGGGAAUUUCCAAGCCACAGUCAUCACGUCUGCAAUGGAGAAAACGCGGACGGCGCUGCUCAUGCUGGGAAAACUGUUGCUCGCGCAGUCGCAACAGAUGACCGACCCGGUGCUUAACAACGGGCUGCCUCCUAAUCUGUGUGUUGGGAACCCCGGUCAGUCAUUCACUGCCAAAGGCCUCGACAUCAACAUGGCCGCAUAUUGUUCGGAACUUGGCUUCUUGACGAACUCUGUGGUCAGCAAUAUCCAUUCUGCCGAGAUGCGCAACCAGUCGGUCAACUCACUGGCCCUUCUCUCCGCGCGGUACACGGCGGAAUGCGUGGACAUCCUGACCAUGAUGUGUGCAGCACAUCUAUAUAUCGUCUGUCAAGCAUUAGACUUGCGGGCCAUGCGAGAGGAGUUCUUCAAAACCGCAAAGGCAGCAUGCGAAGCGUCCUUUCAUGACCUCUUCAAUCAUAUUGGAACUUCCAACUUACAGACACAAUGUGCCCAGGUUUGCGGCGAGUGCCUGGGGCAAAUGGUGAGCAUGGACGACAUGGGAUUUUCUCGCCAGGAAUGCUGGGAACCCAUUCGACGCUGGAAGGACGUACUCCCUACUAUUCUAAAGGACUGCCAUCGUAAGACGCACGAGAACUUCAAUCAGGUUAGGGCGACCCCUCAAUACCUGAGCGAGAGGACAGGUCGGGUCUACCGCUUUGUACGCGAACAGCUGCAGGUGCCAUUUCACCAGGGCAUCCAAGACCACCCCACAAUCGGCACCAAAGAUGAUGGAGAGGGGCCAAAACGAACAAUUGGAACCUACGUCAGUCGUAUCUACGCAGCAAUUCGUAGUGAAGAUAUGGCGAGGCUGCUACUGGAUGUGAUGGAAGGUCUGGAAUUGUAA